CCUAAAAUUUCUCCAAUUUCCUUUAGAAAUUAGGAUUAAAAAAAUAGGAUCUCUCUCUUUCUUCCUUCCAUUUACCCUCACGUACGAUCUCCGCCCAGCCAACGAGAUCCAAGCGAUCACCAUAACUCCGGCGAGCUUCCAGCACGAGCGGUGGCGUAACUCUCGAUGUGCGGCGCCGCGACGACCUCGUGGCGACAACUUCACCCUCUGUUCCAGACCUGAUCGAACUCUGCAAAACUACCUCGAACCACCUCAGAUUUUGAAACCCACACUCUUCUCAAGUCAGAUCAUUAGUAACAAACCUCUUCGGACUUAAACUAUCAAAUACCCUUAAUGCCUUGCGUCCCAGCUGGAAUCGCCUCAUUGGUUUUCUUGUGCUUCCACGCAAGGGCUUGGAUAAAUAUCAAAACACCUCAUUUUUCACAUUAGAAUCAAUCCAAUUGUAGAGGGACGGACGAUGGGCGACAAAUCGGGUCGGACAUUUCUGGCGGAUCCAAAUCUUCCUCGAUUUGGCUGCCAGAACUGCGGCCAGUCCUUAUGUUUCGUUGGCGUUGACACCCAUGCUGAUAAGUUCAUCAACGAUUCCUCUGCUCGGUCCGGGAUACAGGGGUCUGCAGCUCAUGGGGCUAGUAGCAUGUUGGCUUCCACACGCAUGGAUAAUUCCUAUGUUGUGUUGCCAAAGCAGAGGCCCCAAUCACAAGGAGUUCAUCGUCCUCGUGAGGGAGCUGGUCAGGCUGACAUGGGACAAACCGGAAAGGCUAUGGAAGAGUCAUUUGUAGUUGUGUAUAAGAAUGAAUCUCCAUCUGAUGGAGGUGGAAUGCAUAUACCAUCGCCUGAUGGGGCAAUGCAGCCAAAUAAUUCUGGGUUUCACACCACAAUAACUAUCUUGAAACGUGCUUUUGAGAUUGCUAAAACUCAAACUCAGGUUGAGCAGCCUUUGUGCCUGGAAUGCAUGAGGAUUUUGUCUGAUAAGCUUGAUAAGGAGGUUGAAGAUGUGAACAGGGACAUUAAGGCAUAUGAAGCCUGCCUCAAACGUUUGGAGGGGGAGUCACGAAACGUUCUCUCUGAAGCUGAUUUUCUGAAAGAGAAAUUAAAGAUUGAGGAAGAAGAGAGAAGGCUUGAAGCAGCCAUUAAGGAGACGGAGAACCAGUUUGGAGAAGUAAAUGCUGAACUAAAAGAACUAGAGCUUAAAUCUGUCCGAUUUAAGGAACUGGAAGAGAGGUAUUGGCACGAGUAUAAUAAUUUUCAGUUUCAGUUAAUUUUACAUCAGGAAGAGAGGGAUGCAAUUUUAGCGAAGAUAGAAGUUUCACAAGCACAUUUGGAGUCGUUGAAGCGAACAAAUGUGCUCAAUGAUGCAUUUCCCAUUUGGCAUGAUGGGGAGUUUGGAACGAUUAACAAUUUCCGGCUUGGACGUCUUCCUAAGAUUCCAGUUGAAUGGGAUGAAAUAAAUGCUGCAUGGGGACAGGCUAGCCUUCUUCUUCAUACUAUGUGUCAGUAUUUCAGGCCAAGGUUUCAAUAUCGUAUAAAAAUACUUCCAAUGGGGAGCUACCCUCGCAUCAUGGACAAUAACAGUACAUAUGAAUUGUUUGGACCUGUGAACUUAUUUUGGAGUACUCGUUAUGACAAAGCCAUGACGUUAUUCUUGACAUGCCUAAAGGAAUUUGCCGACUUUGCAAAUUCUAGGGAUCAGGAGAACAACAUACCACAUGAGAAGUGUUUCAAGUUGCCGUAUAAGAUCGAGAACGACAAGGUCGAAAACUACUCCAUCACUCAAAGCUUCAACAAACAAGAGUAUUGGACGAAAGCUCUCAAGUAUACUCUCUGCAAUUUGAAGUGGGCCCUUUACUGGUUUGUUGGCAAUACAAAUUUCCAGCCUCUUUCUGCAGUUGGCUCAUCACACAUCGAGGUUCCUUCAGUUGGCUCUUUAUAUACAAAGCGUGGCGCCGACUCCAGGUCCGAAUAUAGAAAUUCUUCAAACAAGUGAUGACAAAGUUGCAAACAUAACUGCAUCUGUACAGGAAGUCUAGGAUUUAGUCUCUCUCUGUGUCUCUGUACAUGAAGACAUAUUCUUUUAGAUGUUUAUUACUGUUUCUUCAUCAACUAUUCAAUUAGAUAGCAAGACAAAUGGUUUUUAAUUCUUUGCUUUGUUCAUAGAAUAGACACGAAUAUGCAUUUUUACUUUCUGUCAAGUGAAAAAUAGCCUUCGACUUGUAACAACUAGAGUGUAGUUGAAGAUGAUAAUUUCUGCAUGUAUAUAUGAAUCUAUGAUCUACGAACUCA